AUGAUAGAUUAUUUAUCUAAAGUAGAAACUUUUUUCUGGGAUAACUAUGAAGAUGAAGAAUUAAUAAUCAAUGGAUCAAAUGUAUCUAUUCUUGAUCAAGCUCUUAGGUUACUAGAUCUUGCUGAAUCUAAAGGAAAGGAUACAGUAAACUUAGAAAUCUCUACAUCUGAGGAACUUAAACAACUUUUUCACUUUGAUGAAACGAUUAACGUCAUAGAAGAAACAUCUGAUAAAGAAACUUUUGUAUAUAUUUCAGAAGAAGAAGUAGAAUCUCUUUCUUCUGAUAUAGAGCCUAACUUCGGGAUGAAUAAAACCGAACCACAUUUCGAUCAUCCUGGAGAAUCUUCUUUUCAAGGUGAAAGAAGAAAAAGACCUAAAAUUGAACAAGGUCAUAGAACUGGCUCUAUGCCAGAUCUUCCCACUGGAAAUCCAAACCAGUUCGGAACAAACGUUCUCAAUAUUGACAACAUUGAAACAAAUAGAAAAGAAGUUAUCGACAGAUGGACUUCAGAAAUAAGUCUAAUCAUUCAGACUAAUAAAGAAAAAUAUGCAACAAAAGAAUCUAUCCUUUUAUUAUUUGACCAUAAAACAUCAGGAAUAGUUCAAAAAUUUAUCAAAAAUACAAACUGGAUUAGUCAUAAUCCAAUGACAGUAUUCCAAGACAUGCUUGAUGCCAUCUACAUGAUGUUCCUUGGUAUAGAUCUUAUAGAAGACAAAGCCAAUGAACAAAAAAAAGAGAUCGAAAAAGCAAAGUCCAGACUUACGAAUCUCACCAUAUGUGAUAUUUGCUUUCUAGAUCAUUACACAUGUGACUAUGAAACAAAUCUUUACAAAAUAAAUGAUUCAGAUCUAUAUCCUGAGUUGAUCAAACAAUAUCUAUUAAAAAUUCCCAUUGUAGGACAACAAUCUCAUAACAGAUUUAUAACUGAAUCUACAAAUGCUACAAUUUACAGUUUUGCUUUUGCUAAGAGAAUUGUUAUUGAUGAGAUUCAAAAAAUUUGUAAUCUAUCAAACACACAAAAAAGACUAAAACGUUUUAAUAAAAAUUGUUGUAGUCAUUUAACAAAAAAAAAACCCUUAGAGUAUGGAUGCAAAGUUAACCAUAAAACAAAAAAUUCUUCAAAGAAAUCUUUUAAUAAAUAUUCAAAAAAGAACAAAAGAUUUUCAAAAAAGAAAGAUACUAGACGGUUUAAACCGGGAAAAUAUUUCCAAAAAUCAAAAGACAAAAGUCAAUUUUAUCCGAAAAAUAAAAAGAACUGCAGAUGUUGGGUUUGUAGUGAAGGACACUAUGCAAAUGAGUGUCCUAAUAGGAAAGAUUACCCACGAAAAGUUAAACUCCUUGAAAUAGCGUCAUCUAUGGACCUUAGGCAUAUAGAAGAACAAUUUCAAGAUGAACAAAUCGUCUACACAUUGAUUGAAGAACCUCUAGAUGAAUCAUCAUCUUCUUCAUCUACAGAAUCAAACACUGAUUCAGACUGA